AUGAGUGUCGAGCCGAAUCAGACAACGAACGAAUUGACUCUGGUGGAUUAUUUCGUUGUGGUGGGUUAUGACAGCGCGGUCGGAUUGCAAGUUUGCGGAGUGGACAAUAAUGGGAGUGAAUGUGGUGCAGCGUCAGGUACGAGUUCGGGUAGUGGAGCUGGGAUGGGGAAGGAUCAUUUGAUAACGCCACCGUUGGAGAGGUGUUAUACGGCAUCGAUUCUGAUGCAUUUCCCGGAGAAACGGGCAGGAAUGGCAUUCCCAUCGGAAAUUGUAUCGUUGUGUAUGCCGAAAGGACUGAAGUUUUACACGCAAAAUGACGUGCCGCAGCCAUCAGUACAUACAUUCGCGAAUAUACGAGAGGACGGGUCGAGAUUGAAUGGGUGCGCGUUGAUUUAUUACGAGAAGGUUUAUGAUAUGAGUUUGUGUGAACGAAUCAGCGAACUGCAAACGGAACAUAUUCGGGCGUUGACUGAGAAAAGGGCCGACAAACGGGCGUCAGACAGGACGCACCUACCUCCUGGAACGAUCUCGGGUGGCACGCAUACAUUGCCGAGGGGUUCAAGAAAGGAUCGUGCGAAGAGGAUUUCAUACUACGACGCAUGUGGUGGAUCGCAGUUAUAUGUGUCGAAAUGUCUGUGUAUUUUGAGUCGAAUAGCAAUAGUAUCGUGUGGUGAAUUGAUUAUAACGACACUUCAUUCGAUAUUCACAUCGCCAAAUCAGCCUCCAGAACUGCCAUUGGAGUCGUAUAUAUAUUGGGUGAUCAAUGAGGUUCCGCUACCCGCGCCGGGAAGCACCCUGAAGGUGGGUAUGUGCGGGGUGGACAUUGUGCUGCAACGACCGGCACCCGGGGAAUUGCCGUUUUUCGACUAUUCACUGCGAUCGUUGUUCGAUUUGCUGACAGUGGAUAAAUUCUUGAAAUUGUUCACGUGUUUCUUGCUGGAACACCAGAUUUUGUUGUGCUCGAAAUCUCUAUCGCGUCUAAUGCUGGUCGCGGAGAGUCUGUGUGCGCUGGCAUUCCCGUUCAGAUGGCAACUGACCUACGUACCAAUUCUGCCCUAUUCCCAGUUGAAGUUCAUGGAAGCACCGGUGCCUUACAUAAUGGGAUUGUGCUACGAGGAGUGCAUUCCCGAGCAGAUUUUUCAGUCAAACGUUUGUGUGUUGGACAUCGAUAGGGGUGAGCUGGACAUGCCUGAGGAUGUGCCGCCAUUGCCAGAUCGCAGUGAAUUCGCAAGGGAGGUGGCAAACGUGUUGAUUAGGUCGGGUUUGUUAUUAUUAUUGUUAUGGGUUAUUAUUUGCCAUUAUUCAUUGUUAUUUAAUUGCAGAUUCGACGUGGACAAUAAUAAGACUAAGGCAGACAAUGCUGUCGGCGGCAGCACGUCAUCACCGCAGAAUUGCCCCCGGACCUAUGGCACCAGCCCAUACACUCGCCAAAAAUCGACCAGAUCCACCAAAGACGACUGGCAAUCGAAACGCAUCUCGAGAUCGUUCGAUGAUGACGUCAUCACUGGGACGAUGACGUCAUCACCUUAUUUUGGAGGCAAUGGGGCGUAUGGUGGCGGAAUGGACGGAGCUUACAGUGGAGGAAUACCGUCGAAAGCGGAUCUACAACCGUUACCGUUGGAUGAUGUGCUGAAACAAAGUGAGGUGUUGGCGAGAGUGGCAGCGAUCGUGAGACGUGCGGGAGUGGAUGUGAAGAUGGAGAACAUUGAGAAGGAGUUGCAAUCGAACGACUCGUAUACGAAUUCGCCGAUUUGCAGACGAUAUUUUAAGGAGAUGAAGUUGAACCAAGCGAUCCGCGAGGUUUUUUUGAAUCGAUUGUGUUGGUUGUUGUACUCGUACGAGCAUUUCGUGAUCGUGUCGUCGCACCUGGCCAGUAAACAACUCUUCUACGACUCGGUGACCAAUUUCGACAAGGCUGCCUUCCUCUCCGACCAGCCAGAUAGCAAUCAACCCUUCAUGGCUGCCUUCCUGGAGACACAGAUGUUCACGUCGUUCAUUGAUGCGAAAAUAGUAUCGCAAUGGGAGAAUUUGGAUGAGAAUCUGGCGAUAUUCGAUAGCAGAUUAGAGGCGUUGAAGGAGAGGUAUGGCUUGCAGAUGGUGAGAACUCCGACAUACGAGAAGGCGUUGCCUUUUAACGUGGCUGAAGAGGCGAUCGCGAAACGUGAGGAAUCGUUGGAUUACAUUGUGCCACAACCGCACGCGUUGCCGGGUGCGGUGCGUAAGUGUUAUGAGGGCGUGUUCCCGGAGGUGAACAGCCACAUCCUGGAGGGAAAUCUGGCCUAUAGUAGCCCUCUACCGUCACCGUGGAAACAGAGACAUAGACGACUGAGACCGAAACAUCAGGAGGUGUGGUAUUUUUAUUUUAUUAUUAUUAUUAAUGUGCAAGCGAAUGAUCCGCAAGGGUCGACAGUUUCUGCGGGUGGCGGUAGAGCGUCGAGUACGACGUAUAUCGCAGACACACCGAAGCAGAUCGCACAUCAGAAUUUCAAAUUUGUGGAGCAGUUGUUGAAGGAGACCAAAGGUAAAACAAAGAGAAUGUUAGUGGAGAAGAUGGGAAAAGAGGCUCUGCAGUUGGGUCAUGCAGAGGCGUCGGUGAACGGUCUCGAAGAGAAUACGUUGGUGGCAUCGUUUUGCGAUUUGCUGGAGAGGAUUUGGGCACAUGGAUUGAUUAAGAAACAGGGGAAGUCUUCACUGUGGGCGCAUGUGCUGCACCAUCAGGAGCUGGAGAAGUCGGGCGCGGUGGCGAGGACGGCAUUCGUGAGGAAUUCGAUGCUGACACCAGGUGGGGUUGCUUUUACCGUCCAAUAUGCUGACGAUUACCAAUAUUACAACAGCAGCUGCAACGAGAUACAACGCCCGAUUGGGGCAGGCGGCAGACGAGAGAGUUUCGGGGGCGGAGGUUUAGCCACAGGGAGGGAUAGAAACGCAGAGGAGUGGGAGGGGCACGAGCUGGUAGAUUUGAAUGGAAAUAAGAGCGGAAAGAAGAACGUACUGGCGGAGUUGGCUGAAAUGAUACAGGAGGAGUUUAGUAAUUACGCGAAUAAUCAAGGCAAAAAUUGUAAAAAUAAUAAUGAUAAUAAUAUACAUAACGAUGGAAAUAUGGGUGGUAAUAAGGCGGGUGGCAGCAAUUUGGGCACGAGACCGGGUGGUGAUAAUAAUAAUGUACAUAAUAACGAAGAUACUGUGAGUAAAGUUGGGGCGGGGCCGGGCGCUUCGAGACCCCCAGCUCCUCGAGCCGGAGCGGGUCAAGGUCAAGACCAGGCUUGGAAUUCGUCGAUGGUGGUGGCGCUAGGUUCGGUGCCAGAACUAGGGGUGGAGGGCUCGUGGGCACCCGCGGAGCCGCCUGCGUGGUCGGUGCAGAUUCUGCGGGCGGCGAAUUUCAUCUGCGAUAAGUUGGCGGGCGCUUCGGGAGCUUCAGGAAUAGGACUGCAACAGCGGACAACGCCUAGGAAUCAGUCUACGUACUACAACGAUCAAGAUCAAAGAGCAGAUGAGGCAGGGUACGAGCGGCAGAAUCGGGCAGGUUACAGCAGCACGGAUUCGAAGGAGCAGCCGGUCGUGCAGAAUUGUAGUUUGAUCGAGGCGGGCAACGAAACUGGCGAAUCGGCGGCGAGCAGAGGUCAAACUACAAGUUUGGCGUCGGUGACGUCAUCGUUUGCAAUAUUAAGAAGGUCGAGUUCAAUAAGGAACAUCAAGGCGCCGUCAUUUCUGAAAAAUGCCAACUUUAUGACGAAAGGUGACGAGAGGGGUCGUAGGAGACCGAUUAUUUUGCAUAAGGCGAAUUCACUGAGUGAUUUUGCUCCGCAUUGGAGCUCAGGAAGUGGAGCGAAUUCUAGUGACUCCACACCGGAGACUGGCGGUGGGUCCCCGCGCAAGAGGAGUGGAUCGAGGGCGCAUAGUCCCGAUCCUAAGCAGGGACUUCCAGCCCUUCCGAUGCAUAUAGCGUACGAUCUGAGAAAUGUGCUGCGAAUGACAGAUAUCAAAACAGACAUAGGAUACGCACGCGCGUUCGUGCGGUUGGCUCUCGAACGGAAGUUGCUACAUAAGCAUUUGAAGACGAUUUUGAGUAACACAGCGCUAUUACAACAAAUUUAUAAACGGUAUGCAUUCGUUCGAUGUGACGACGAGAAGGAACAGUUUCUUUAUCAUAUCCUGUCGUUGAAUGCAGCGCAGUUCCGGUGUUUCACAAAUACUUUUACGAAAACGAAGAUGCAGUAUCGUGUGUUGUUGGUGAGUGGCAAUACGAGAUCGGUACUGAGCUCGCCGAUAUGGGUUCUGAUCGCAGGGUCGUUGUGCUCGACGACGUUGAUAGAUGUGAAACCUGGGGUGAUGGAUUUUAAGUUUGAUCACAAAAAUCUGGGUAUUUUAUCGACACUGAGAAUUGGGCACUCGCUGGCGUCGUUGAGCAAUGGCGUGCCACCGAAGUGGUUUUUGGAUCAUGUAAUGGUGAGGAAUGAGGUAACUGGUCAGACGUAUCGUUUCAUGUGUGGACGGUGGUUCGGGAGGGGGGUGGACGAUGGCUCACUGGAAAGGUUAUUGGUGGCAGAGAUAUUGCCACAGGUUGACCCAGAUGCGGAGGUAUUGAUGGAGGGCGGAUUUGUGGAGAGAGGCGGCUCAAAAGCGCAUAGUAGAUCGAGGACACCACCACGCGCGCGGUCGCCGAGUGCGACGCGGUCGGAGGCGCUUAAGACGAAAUCGAGAAGCCGGCUGACGGAAAUUCAACAGCAGCUGGGUGAGGCGGUGAACGGAAUCGUGAAGUAUUUCUACAGUUCGGAUACGAAGAUCAGAGAUCAAACUACAGCGCCGAUGAUAUCCAGCUCGAGCAAGAGUGAACUGACGCAGUUGUUGUGCGCGGCCGAUAAGGGUUUUGUAAGCGUAAUGGUGAACGUGUUCUUGUACGGACGUCAGGUGGACUCAAUUUGGUCGGGUCGAUUCAAUUUUAAGCAGCAGUACCCGUGGGAUUAUAUUGAGAAGGUGUGCGUGUGGUUCUACGAACUGAUUCGAAUGGAGGACGCGAAAAAAUUGACCAGAGAGCAGAGGUCAUUGAUAUCGCAGGCGUGCAGACUGGUCAGGAGAAUUUCAGCGAAUACAAAUUUAGGAAAGGACGGGAAAUUCCAGUUGUUUAUAUUGGUGACAUUGAGGGAUCACGUUUUGUCGGGUUUGAUUCCGUUGAUGGCAUGGACCCCGGUGACCACGCAGCUCUAUGAUGAGCCAUCGUUUUUGAGGACACCGCAUUAUUUGACGUACCUGUCGAGAUUGCUGAAUUCACUUAACGAAUUUCAUUUCGACCUCGAGAAAUCGUUGACGUAUGGCAUUGAGUAG